CCGCAAUCCAUCUUUUCCGAACCGUGAACGCCACUCUUUUGUUCAUAUUCUUUGAUCACCGCUCCCCGCUCGCAAUCAUGGUCAACUCCAAGCUUGUGCUCUCGCUGGCCCUGGCCUCGACGGCCUUGGCCACCGCCGGCGGUAUCAGCGCGCCGCCCACCGCGGCCAACCCUGAUGGCUCACAGGCCUCUUGCCUGCAACUCCAGGACGUGUGCUUCGCUCGGCCAGAUCGCCCUAAGCAGACCUGUAUGCGGGAAUUCCAAGAAUGCAAGAAGUACGAGGGCGGCAAGCGUUCGAUCAAGGGAGAGGACGAGCCUGCGCAGUGCGUGGAGGACUUCAACGCCUGCGUAACCAAGCCAGGGUCCAACAAGGCCGCCUGCCAACUCACGCGCAGCCUGUGCAAGGAAUGUGUGACCGAAGACAACAAGUGUCGUACCAAGCCAGGUGCCAUGAUGGCUGUUUGUGACGGUAAACUGCAGGACUGUCUGCAGAAGGCGGACCAGGGCAAGCGUCCGAAAAUGUCGACUAAAAGAGACGACCGGGACGCGCCUGCCAAGUGCGAAAAGGAAGUCAAUGAAUGUCGCACCAAACCGGGUGCCAACCUGGCUGUCUGCACCGCCGAACACGAGGCGUGUAUCAACGACGACAGUGACGACGCUCCGACUGCCUUUGCAGACCCGGUGGCCUUGCCCUCGUCCACCGCCAAGACCAUCGAGGACUGCACCACCAAAUUCAAGGAAUGUCUUGCCAAUCCCGAUGCCGACGGGGACGACUGCAAGAGCGCCCAAGCCAUCUGCGAGCACAGUCACCAGGGGAUCGGCCCCUCGGUUGCCGUCGGACCCAGCCCGACUUCGGGUCCCAAGGACUGCGAUGCCGAAGCCAGCAAGUGUCGCACCGAGCCCGGCGCCAACAUGGCAGCCUGCAAGGCUGCCCAAGCUGAGUGCGAGAGCGGUGGUUCCGGCAGCUCGACUACUGCCCAACCUGUCCCGACUGUGGGUCCCAAGGACUGCGACGCCGAAUUCAACAAGUGCCGCGCUGCCCCCGGUGCUAACAUGGCCGCCUGCAAGGGCGCUCAAGCCCAGUGUGAGCAUGGUGGUCUCCAGGGCCCUGGCUCGGGCUCUGGCACCAGCAAGACCCUCUCGCCUUCCGCCUCGUCCUCUAUCACGCCGACCUCCGCUCCCCCUGUCUCCACCUCGUACCCGGCUUCCGCCGCCAGCCGCAUGGGACAGUUCAGCAGCUCGUUCCUGGCUGUCGUCUGCGUGGCCAUUGGUUUUUUCUAGAUGGGCGGGUGCAUGUAUCUUGACGUGGUAGACGACCCUCUUUUGUAUAUGGCC